AUGGAUCUCAAUCUACUGAUAUUUUUGAUUAGCAUAUCCGUUUUCGCCAUCAUUGGAGUGAUUGGGAAUUCUCUCAUUAUUGCUGUUUAUAUAAAAACCAGAAGAAGUUUCUUCAACAGAACUUACAUCGUGGCUCUAUCUAUAGUAGAUCUGAUUGCAGAUUUACUUAUAGCGCCAUACACCGCCGUGUUUGAACUUCAUCUCGUCAACAGUGACGUCAUCUGCCAUGGAAUGGAAGUCAUCAGACAUACUGUUAUAGGAUUCUCGAACCUGAUUUUAAUCUUGAUUGCAUCAGAGAGACUUCUUAUGGUGUGGAAACCAACAAAAAUCAUAUCAGAAAGAAAAAAAAUAAUGGCUAUACUGGUGCUUUUAGUAAUUUCCAUUUUCUCUGGACUUCCCUCUGGAGCAAUUUAUCAGGUUUCGAACAAAGAGCACAAUCUUUAUCAUAACAGAACAAAGUUUAAUAACGAUACCACGAUUAAUAAAAACGAUUUCUGCCAAUAUACCACAGAUAUUUUGGGAGAUGACUUGAGCAUGAUGUACCGAAAUUUUCUUGCUUUAAUGAUCCUUUUGGAAUUUUUCAUCUUGAUUGUAGUUUAUGUGCUUGUGUAUGUAGUCAUCUGUAGACAGAAAAUGCGAGUGAGACGUAUUGGGUCCUCUAGCGUGCUGAAAGAGAAGCAGAAACCUAAGAAGAGUGAAACAAGUCAAACAACCUCCAGUGUCCCGAACGAUCAAUCGGACUGCAAUUCAACGGAUGAUAUGGGAUUGAACCUAAAAUCACAACCAAUAAACAAUAAACACAACAGGUACGACCCUGGAAAAACUCUCAAUUUUUGUUUUAAAAAGAAUGGAUUUCCAGUCAAAUGCGCCGAUUCCGAAACUGAUUCAGGAGCUAUAUCAGUAACAAUGACAAAAUUUACAUCGAACAAAGAUAUCCAUGGCAAGCAAAUGAGAACACUCAGCUUUGACACUGACACAACGGGUGUAGAUAGUGAACCGGAAAAGGCCAAUGGAAGAAAUGACAGAGUUUGCAUAAAUACGGAGAAAUCAACAACACUACGAAGGAAAAGAAAGAUUCGAGUAUCCAAACAUGCUAAUUACGUUCGGAAAAAAACCUGGACAAUGCUGUUUAUCUGCACAUUUGUCUAUCUGAUAUGUUGGAUUCCAUUUUUCUUUGAAAUAUUUAACGUGACAAGCAUUUUAUUUCUUCGCUAUUUCUUUUUUCUUGGUCAUGCCACAAAUCCCAUUAUUUACAGUAUAAUCAACGUUAAAAUCAGGAAUGGGAUCAAGAAACUUUUUUAA